AUGGCCCCUUCCUGGCUUGAAAAGUUCAUUGUUCGUGGGGACGCAACUCCUGACCCCCGACGCAGCGCAGAAAAGCCCGCGCUGGAGAUGCACUACACCGCUCUUAUCGGACACCGCCGAAUCUUGGGUGUCAAUGGCGACAAAACACCUCGUUACGAAGUCGAACGGCGAGCUGUUCUGGAAAUCUGGGGAGAUAAAUGCUACGUCAAGUCUCUGCGUCAGAAUGCGGAGGUCGCUAUGAUCGACUUUCACAGCAUCCCUCCCAAGACGGAGGUCACCUUCUCACAGCAGAGUCGCACCAUCACUAUGAAGGGGGCUGAUGGAAAGUACAGUGCGGGUGGCGGUCUUGGCGAGUUACACUGGAAGCCAACGGGAAUGGUUGCUUACGGCAAAGCUUCAUGGGAGUUGAGGGACAAGACGAGUCUUGUGAUGUCAGUGACAAUUGAUGAUCAACAGAUCAAUGGAAUGAUUUGUCUCUGGAAGGAUGGUCUCACUCAAGAAGUGGAAGAGGAGCUGAUCAUGGUCGGAACCUCCAAGAUUGAGGAGUAUCGGAGGUUGAUGAGGAACUCAAAGGUAGCUGCAGUGGGCGCCGUCUCAAAUGCGUUUUGGCUAGCAGUCUAG